GACAUCUUGCGCGCUCAGCUGGAGUCCAGCCUAGUUCGAGGAGGUCUGACCGACCGAGCCUUCUGUGCGGUUGUCCCCGACAGGUUGCAGCUUCGGUCCUCCAUGCUGCAGGCAAUGUCCGAUGGCUCUCUAGAGGGAGCCUUGAAGACUGCGUUUGCAGACCACGAUGCCGUAACAAUUGUUGCGGAGCAACCAGACAUGUCGGGCGACAUCGCUACCUUGGCUGAUGCAGACGAGGAGACUUUUGAGCUGGAGAAGCUCAGGGAGCGAAUCGCUCAGAAGAUGCUGGCUGCCAGCUUGGAUGGAUCGCUUCAGGUAGCGCUUGGUGCAUUCCAGGGUCCCAAAAAGAACGUGGAUGAAAUCCGCGCGAAGCUCGCGGAUCAGCUCCUGGAUUCUCUGAACAACGGCUCCCUAGAAAAAGCCUUGGCUCCCCUCGCCAAAGAGAAAGAGGACCUGAAGCCUACAGCGGCAGGCGGCAGCGACCCUAGCGGCCCAGGCGGUUCCGAGGAUUUGCGGCAACGCGUCGCUUCUCAGCUGGAGGACGCUUUGACAGAUGGCUCCCUGGAGGCCGCUCUGCAGGCGUGCAUCGUUCCGAAGGAGGACCUCCAGCCGGGGCCACCGCCCGAGGAACCUGUGGACAUCGAGAUGCUGCGACAGAAGCUGGCUCAUCGCUUCGAAAGCUCGGUGGCUGACGGCUCCUUGGAGGUUGUGCUCGCCGAGCAGUCGAAGGCAGUUGCGGCUGCGAGAUCUGCAGGCACUGAGGAUCUGCGGGACAAAGUGGGUGCCCAGAUGCUGGCGGCCUUCAACGACGGAUCGCUUGAAGCUGCCUUGGAGGCGAAUGCAGCUGAAGAGACUGACUCGGAACGCCUGAGAUCGAAGUUGGCGACCUCGUUGUCCCAGUCCUUCUUGGAUGGAUCCUUAGAGAUGGCUCUCAGCGCCAGCCUCCCGGAGAUUGAUUCUUCCAAUCUGCAGGUCGCGAAGCCAGCGAGGCAGUCGCGUCCACCUUCGGCACAAGCCAUGAGCAGCGCCGUCGGCCUUCUUCACGUGCUUUCCAGCUAUGAUCGCCGCAUUGGAAAGAUCGCCGCAUCAAUAGAAGCCGCAGAGCACGCCAUCCGGGAGCGGAUCCAGCAAACAGAGAUGCUUCAGGUGGGCAGGGCCUUGGGAUGCGUGGAGGGCUGCUAA